CCGAUAUCGUCGCGCCCUACACAUUUACCCACACGAACACUCAUCUUCGCAAAGUCGCGGGCUUUGGAGCUUCACUUGCUUCACCCGCGCUCUUCACAUCUAUCAAUAUGACGUCCUCGCUACCGGGAAAUCGCGACUUGCCAGUCUCGCAGUACAACCUAGGGACGUACUGGGGUCGCGUGCAGCACUCAGCAAACAUAUCAGAUCCGAGAACCCUCCUCACCUCGUCGGCCGGCCUCGAAAAUGCAAAGAAACUCGUUACCGCGUACAAGACGGGCAAGAUACCAGAGAUGACACCUGAGCUGUGGAACGCAAAGAAAAUUAUCGACUCCACCAUACACCCAGACACGGGCCAGCCAGUCUUCCUGCCUUUCCGCAUGUCGUGCUUUGUUCUGACCAACUUGGUUGUCACGGCUGGUAUGCUUACACCGGGUCUUGGGACAGCGGGCACACUAGGAUGGCAAGUCACGAACCAGUCGGUCAACGUCGGAAUCAACUUCUCCAACGCGAACAAGUCGAUCCCGCUCUCUACGUCAACAAUCGUCCAAUCCUACCUCCUCGCCGUCAGCGCAUCGUGCGGUGUCGCACUCGGUCUUAAUGCGCUGGUACCCCGCCUCAAGAGCCUGUCGCCCAACGCAAAAGUCAUCGCUGGUCGAUUAGUGCCCUUCGCGGCUGUCGCUACAGCUGGUGCGCUCAACGUGUUCCUCAUGCGCGGUGAGGAGAUCAGACAGGGCAUCGACGUGUACCCUGCGCUAUCAGAAGCCGAGCGACGCAGAGUAGACACGGGAGAUUUGGAGGUCAAGCCACUGGGCAAGAGCAAGAAGGCAGCUACGCUCGCUGUGGGAGAGACGGCGCUGAGUCGCGUGCUCAAUGCGACGCCUAUCAUGGUGCUGCCGCCUCUCCUGCUGGUGAAGCUGCAGAAGACGGAGUGGCUCAAGCAGAGGCCUAGGAUGGUGACGCCGGUGAAUCUGGGACUUAUUUUCACAACGUCCAUCUUUGCGCUGCCACUUGCGCUCGCUGCGUUCCCGCAACGCCAGGCUGUUAGUGCGAAGACGCUCGAACCCGAGUUUCAUCAGCGUGGUGGCAAGGAUGGUAUGGUGGAGUUUAACCGUGGGAUAUGAUGGACCGGUAGUAUGGCAAGAGAACACGGUGUCAGUCUAGGUGAAUAGCGGAAGCUGGACUGUGGAGUGAACUGAUUCAGGGAGAUAUGGCAUGCUACAGGGCAUCAGACGCAGUCGAACAUUGCUGCAAGUAGGCGGAGGACAUGGUCGCGCUGCUGCAUUGCGGCGAAGCCGGUUUUCCUGACGCUGUGAUUGGCCAGAUUGCUCAAAGGAUCUCGAGAGCCGUACAGAGGACUCGACACGAGAAGUACAUAAGACCAAAUGUCCUCAAUCCAAAAGUAGCUCUAGGCAGCAGUAAAUUAAGCUUUAUAUCAAACGAUCGUCCCUACAUGUGACGUUGCGUUGAUGCUAUAACGUCAAACUGUCCUUUGUAGAAAGACCAG